AUGGGUAACUCCUCCAGGAAGGGAGAGGGAGAAGAGGAAGAGGAGGGGGCGAAGGAUGGCGAUGAGACAGAUAUCACAGAGGAGAAGAAGAAAGAAGAGGAGGUGGAGGUGGAGGAAGAGCUUCCAUUGGGGGUGGAGGAGUUGUUCGAGAGUGGAGAUCCUGUGCUGGACUUGAGCUACCGGAAGUUUAAGCGUUUGCCAUCACGGGUUAGUGGACUGCUGCACCUGGAGAAGCUGUACGUUUGCGGGAACAGCCUGCGCACUCUGCCGGACAGCAUCUCCCAGCUGCAAGGUAUGCGGGUGCUCGCCCUUGACUUCAACAAGAUAGAGGACGUUCCCCCGGCCGUCUGCCAGCUCACUAACAUCACUCGUCUCUACUUGGGCAGCAACCGGCUCAUGACCCUCCCUCCCGAGCUGAAGAACCUCCAGAGUCUGCGCUGCCUGUGGGUGGAGAGCAACUACUUCCAGAGAUUUCCACGGGAGCUCUACGACCUGCCCCACCUAAAGUCCCUUCAGAUUGGGGACAACCGGCUCAAGACGCUGCCUGCUGACCUCUGGCGUAUGGAGGCUUUGAGGGGAUUAUGGCUCUACGGGAACCGCUUUGAAACCUUCCCCAGGGUCCUGCUGCGCAUGGAGAAUUUGGAGAUUUUAGAUCUGGAUCGCAACAAGAUAUCAGAGUUCCCCAGCUUGAAGCGUCUCCACGCCCUGCGCCUCUUCUCCUACGACCACAACCCAGUGGACGCGCCUCCGAGAGUAAGCGAUGAGGUGCUUGUGGUUGGGGAAGGGGCUGCGGAGUUCUUAGAGGCACGUGAGGCCAGACAAGAGAGAUUACGGAAGGCCGCGGAGCAAGAAGCCGAAGAGUUGGCUCUGGCAGAAGAGGAGCCGGUGAUUCACGGCAUCCUGAAGAACAGCAGCAGCUCAAAACAAGCAGCUGUGACUGUAGAGGACGGAGACAUGAAGGAGGAAGAGGCAAAGGAGGAGGAGGAUGUGGAGCUGCCUGUCACUGAGUACGACGGGGCUGAGCUGGAAUAUGAUGAGGAGGGUGUUGAAUAUGAGACGGAGGAGCUGAUAUGUGAGGGAGAGGGGUUUGAGUAUGAAGGGGACAUGCUGGAGUACGACAGGGCUCAGAUGGACUACGAGUAUGAGGAGCUGGAGGACACGGGGAGACAAGAUGAAGGGGCAUGAAAAACCCCUCAUACAUCCAGACUCAGAUGAUCUGCAGGCAGGCCGAGGUGGAUGACUGAAGAGAAGCUGACACAAAUUAGCCGUGCUGCUAAUUUCUAAUCUAUCGUUAACUGUGAAAAUGAAUGAGCACUGAGGCAUUAUGAAACUGUAAACUGACAGCACCUGUGACAUCUCAAUCAGCUGCACAUGACCAAAUCCGAGCAGGACUCAGGUGGAGUGUGUG